AUGGACAUUGUGAACAAAGAGCUGCCCUCCUCGAUAUACAACGCGAGGUUCGAGCGCGACCACUACAUCAUCAAAGAGCUCGGAAGUGGCGCGUAUGGACAUGCCUAUGCCUCCGUUCCAAAAGCCACUGCCGAUCAAAUCGUCUCGGAGUUGACGUCCAGCCCCAAUGCAGUCCCCGCAGCAAAGGCUCGUCUCAGAGCCGGACUACAAGCUGCAAAGAUCUCCAAGGCCAGCACAGGCUUCCAUGAUGCAGACAGCGUGUCGAAUACCUGGCUGACUCUCGAGAUGCUGAACGGAAGAACUCUGGCGCAGUUUGCAACGUUCAUCGAGGACAGCUACUGCCGGUCUCCACCCGCCGGGCUGUGCUGGCAUAUGCUCUUCGAGCUCGCCGAAGCGUUGCUGACAUUGCAUUGCGGUUUCAACGGAAAGAAGGGAAAAGUUGCUCCCGAUCGCCAGAAGUACGCACACAAUGAUGUCGCAGGACGUAACAUCAUGUUCCGGACAGCACCAUCAACGACGGAGGUGAGCUUUCGAGACUAUCCUGGCGUGGUUCUUGUAGAUUUUGGGAGCGCCCAGAAAGUUGCAAGCAAAGCCACGGAUGAAAUACACUCGGUCAAACAUCGUGGCGUGGAUCAUCAAGCUCUGGACUUGAAGGAGGCAAUUAUUGCCAUCAAGAGGAUUUUCCUGAUCUUGUUGCGGACUGAUGUUCGCUUGAGAGAUGCUCUGAAGGAGUUGUCGAGCUGGACCUUGGACAAGGACGAUGCGAAAGCUGACGAGAGUCUCUUGAACCACUUGCUUCAGCUACGCGAUCAAGCCUUGAAGGCACGCACAGAGCUGUACAAGCCACUUCCUCCCAGGAUCGUUGCGUACUUCAACCAGCACGCUCAGGUCGUAGACAAAGCCAUUCAUGGCCAGCUGCUGGCCAGCUGGCUGGAGAGCGAGGAACAGCCAUUUGCUCGAUUCAUGUUCGGUCAAUCCGCAUGGCGAUUCUGUUGUGCAGUUCGGACUAGCUAA